UUCCAGCGGUUCAAAUUGCGUCAUUUGGGUGAAGUUAACUCGAUACUGAUCCAGACCGCUGGGCUUUAAUCGACAAAAGGCUCCGGGGCAUCUCCUUCAGCUCUCAUCGCCGGCGGAGAAGAAACCGAGCUGUCUCAGCCUGCUCCAUUUUCAGCCCACCCCAAUUGUUUCUUGGGAAAAGGAUCUCCAGAUCUAGAUGCCGAGCACCACCGUCGAUCACUCGGGAAAGCCAAUCCCCACAUCAUCAGUUCUUAUGGCGGCGUCGAAGCACAUCGCCGUUAAAUGCCGAGCUGAGAACAUGGCUUUUAUCAAGUGUAAAAAGAAGGAUCCCAACCCGGAAAAAUGCCUUGACAAGGGCCGGGAAGUCACCCAUUGCGUCCUAAGUCUGCUCAAAUCUCUUCAUCAGACAUGCCCGAAGGAGAUGGAUGCUUAUGCAGGGUGCUUGUACUACCACACCAACGAGUUCGAAUUCUGUCGCAAAGAGCAGGAAGCCUUUGAGAUGGCUUGCCCAUUGUCCGAGUAAGCCUCUUCCAAUCAAUAAUUAUAUUUACAUUAAUAACCUGUGAAGUAUUUGAAUCUUCAAACCGCUGACUGCCUCUAAAGCUUAUAUUUCAAUUAC